GCGGCGUCGACGGAGGUGAAUACAAGGCCCGCGGGCUGCCUCCCCGCGCCCAAAUCGCGUGCAAGCCCGCCGCCGAGCUUCGCCAAGGCCACGCCCCCACCGCGCGGCCGUGCCACGCGCUGCCGCGCCGCGCGCCGUAACAGGCGAACACGGCUGCCGCUGCCCCAGCGUCGUCGUCGUAAGAAACGCCUGCCCCGCGAGCGUCGGCAGCGCAACAAGCAAGCAUGCUGGCCCCCCGCCCGCGCGACGCCGCGGCACCACCAAGUUCAGAUGAUGACGAGGCCCAGCUCGCGAUCGCGGUCGCCGCCGAGAUGGCUCGAGGGAGAGAAGAAAACUUGUACAUCGAAAAGACGCGAGGUUUAUUGAGGUUGAUGCGCCACGCGCUGAGCUGUCCCGCGGCGAGGGGCCGCGCGAACGCGCCGCCUUGUCCUGUAGCCGACUGCGGCAAGGUGUCGCUCCAGCUCAAUCACGUGGCCAACUGCAACGGGGACAACUGCCGCGUGCCGGGCUGUAAGGUGACCGGUGAUCUCAUGCGGCACCAUCUGUUGUGCUGGAACGCGCCCCCGGAGAUGAGGUGUUCGAUCUGUGCGCCGGUCUGUGCGGAAGCGGAGAACGCCGUGAAACCGCCCAUGCACGUGCCGUCGCCGCAAGCCAGGCCUCGAGUGAUGCCUCCACCAAUAGCUGCGGAGUCGGACGCUCCCGACGCGUUUCGCUGUCCCAUCUCGGGGCGAGUGAUGGAGGACUGCGUCAUGCUGGUUAACUCUGGGCAAAGUUACGAAAGGAAACAUUUGUUGAGGGAGCUGGAAGCUCGAGCUGGUGUGGACCCUUGCACGCAGGCUCGCUUCGAGGACCGACCGCUCAUAGCGGAGAACCGAACGCUAGAACGAGCCAUAGCCCACUGGCGCGAACACCGCGUGAAGGAUUCUGGUGGUCAUGGAGUGGCAAAGGUACCGACGGACGAGUCGGGCGAACCCGUUCGAAGGCAAUGUUCGACAUGUAACAAAUUUAAGACGCAAUUUCAAAUGAGAGGGGACGGCACGAUGCUGAAGACUUGCGAUAGUUGUCGCUUGCGGGCGCGCGGGUACUAUACGUCGCGACGGAAGCGGAAGCAGGGCGAGGUCGACAAGCGCGAGGCGGGCGGCGACGCGCUGAUCGGGCUCUCGGCGGCGACGGCUCCUCCCGCGUACGCGCGGACGCCCGGCCCUACACCCCCGUAAGUGUAUGAUGAACUCGUG